AUGGCUGCUGCAGAUGUGGUUGCUCAAAUCGAACAGGGCUAUAAGAAGCUUCAGGAGGCGAGCGAUUGCCAUUCAUUGUUGAAGAAACAUUUGAGUAAAGAAGUGGUCGACGAGCUAAAGAACAAAAAGACGAAACUUGGUGCCACACUUCUGGAUGUAAUCCAGUCCGGUCGGUUGUCAAUGUUUUGA